AUGGCUUCCAAUCUACUCGAGAUCCCCUUUCGCCGUACCCAUUCCGUCGAUUUUUCCUCCGCCAUCAAGCAAUAUAUCUCUAGCAAAUAUGACCAGUCCCCAGAGAUGUUUGCCAAUGAUCUGCGGCAGAUCAAUCACCUUCGAAACGAGGCGAUCCAUGUACUGGAAACACACGUCAGUGGAGUUCAGAAAUUGACUUCGUACGCGGCACAAUUGCGAUAUAUUGGUGGAAAAUUCCCCAUAGACAUUGGAGUCGAUUUUCCCUGGUAUCCUGCUCUAGGUUAUGAUAAAGACAAACCUAUACUUCAAAACAAUGUCCGCUUCGAAUUGGCAAAUAUUCUCUUCAACCUUGGUGCAUUAUAUUCUCAGCUUGCGUUCGGCACGAAUCGGACAACAGCAGAGGGCCUGAAGGCUGCCGCCGAACAUGGAGCAGCAGCAGCAGGUGUAUUCGCUUUCAUGCGAACAGAUAUCUUGCCUGACAUGCGUUCUUCGCCGCCUGAAGAUAUGGACGACAUCACGCUUCAGAGUCUUCAGCAAUUGUGUCUAGCUCAGGCUCAAGAAUGCUUCUGGCAGAUGAUCAUCAAGAGAGGCAUGUCAGACGGGACUGUUGCAAGGCUUGCUGCGAGUGCAUCGGAUUUUUAUAUUUCGGCUGCAGAGGCUGCACGUCAGUCUCGUGCUAUCAGUACCGAGUGGAUCCAUCACUUCCAAGCCAAACAUCAUCAUUUCGCCGCUGCGGCCCAAUUCAGACAGUCUCGAUCUUGUAUGACCAACAAGCAUUAUGGAGAGGAAAUCGCUCGCCUAAAAGAUAGUCUCAUUUGUGUGAACGAAGGACUUCAAGAGGCUCGGUGGCUCAACUCGACUGUGCUGGGAGAUCUAAACGGAUUGAAGUCUAGAGUCAGUGAGGAGCUCAAGAGGGCAGAGAAGGACAAUGACAUGAUAUAUCUGCAAGCACUGCCACCCAAGUCAGAACUCGCAAUUCUUGAACGAACAAACAUGGUCAAACCGAGAACACCAACUGAUGUGUCCAAUGGUCUAUCUCUGCUAGGGGAAGGCCAGCCAUUUGGGAAACCUCUGUUCGAUAAACUUGUUCCUUAUGCCGUUCAUCAGGCAGCCUCAAUAUAUGCUGAUAGAAGAGACCGACUCGUCACCCAAUCAAUCAUCGUGGAUCUCGAUACCAUGACGGCUAAACUUCGAGAGAUACUUCAAUCCCUUGAUCUGCCUGGUUCACUGCAGGCAUUGGAGAAGCCACUUGGACUUCCGCCGAGUUUAGUCUCAAAGGCAGAAGAACUACGCCAACAAGAUGCCCCUUAUCGUCUCAAACGGGCAACCGAAGAUACGACCAAAGUUCGUACCAAUGAUCUUGCCAUCUACCAAGAGGGUCUUUCAUUGCUUGAAGCCGAGCGAGCAGAAGAUGAUCGUGCACGAGCUAAGUACGGGACUGAUCGUUGGGCAAGACCUCCUUCAACGACUGCCCUUGCUAAACUCUACCAAACAUCCAAGGAUUUGCAAACAUAUCUUAACUCUGCUGGAUCAAGCGACAGUCUAGUUCAAACCAAGAUGCGUGAGAAUGAGCACAUUCUCAUGGUCUUGACCGGUACCAACCGUGACUUGGAAAGAUUUGUCCCAUCAUCUGGCCAAGUUGCCAUGACACCGGCAAUCGAGCAAGCUGCAUCUCAGCUGCGGACCUGUCUCAAUGAAGUAUCUCGAAUGGAAACAAAGCGCAAGAACAGAAUAGCAGCCCUUCGGGAAAAGGCUAAAUCCGACGACACCGGCCCGGCAUUACUUGCCGAAGCGGCACGACUCGAGCGGGAAUAUCCUAUGCAAAAGAUCGAACCGGGUCAAUUCGAGACUCUGUUCGAGAAGAGAUUGGAAGCAUACGCCACGGAUCGCGAAGCAUUGAUUACCGAGCAAGAAGAUCAAGAUCAGAUCAUCGCGCGAUUGAGAGAAGCAAACAAGCAGUUUUUGGACGCUCGACGAGGGGACACCAGCACGAAAGAUAGACAGAAGGCAUUACAGGCCUUGGAGAAUGGAUACUCGAAGUACAAGGAACUGGUGAAUAAUCUGGAGACAGGGCGAAAGUUUUACAACGACCUUGCGGGGCAUGUUACACGAUUCAGAGAGACUUGUAAGACUCAAGUCUCAGAGCGACGAGUGGAGGCUAGUCAGAUGGAGGCAGAACUUGCGGGUCAGGAUAUGGGUCGAUUGAACCUCCAGGAAACGCGAAGAGAACUCCGGAGUCAACAGCGUGAGAGUAUCCCAUCGCAAGGUGCUGGCAGGCAUGCUCCUGAGCAGGCUCACGAUGCAAUGACUGCACCAGUGCCAACCAGGAACCCGACUGGCGUGCCAGCAGGAGUUAUGCCGCCGACUGCCCCCCUUCCUAUUGGAGUUGCGGGUGGCACGAUAGCUGGUGGUGGAGUUUGGUCUCCAGAUAUGGGUAUCCGAUUUGGAGGGCCACCUAGUCAAGGACCUGGCCAGGCAGGUUAUCCUGCUCCACGGCGACCUUGA